GUGCGCAGCAGGCUGCGGGCAGCUCCGCGCCCGGCCGGGGCAGCGUCCAGCGCCGCAGGAGCCCAGCCCGGGCCGCUCCCGCAGGACUACCUCUGAAUCACAGUCCAGAAAGAAGAAACAAUUCAGUUGGUUUUAGUUGAACUUUUGUCUCUAAGAACAAAGCCAUGCCAGUGCUUUCGGAGGACUCAGGAUUGCAUGAAACUUUGGCCCUUUUGACAUCUCAGCUAAGACCUGAUUCAAAUCAUAAAGAGGAAAUGGGAUUCCUUAGGGACGUCUUCAGUGAAAGGAGUCUCAGCUACCUCAUGAAGAUUCACGAAAAACUGCGUCAUUAUGAAAGACAGAGUCCAACUCCUGUUUUACAUAGUGCAGCAGGAUUAGUUGAAGAUGUAAUAGAAGAGUUGCAGACAGCACCAGUGAAUAAUGAAGAAAGAGAGCUGCUUCAGCUUCUGUCAACACCACAUCUCAGGGCAAUGCUUGUAGUACAUGACACUGUAGCACAGAAGAACUUUGACCCAGCUCUUCCACCUCUACCUGAUAAUUUUGAUGAUGAUGAUUUUGAUGAGGAAUCAGUGAAAAUUGUUCGGCUAGUGAAAAAUAAAGAACCCCUGGGAGCUACCAUCAGAAGAGAUGAACAUACAGGAGCUGUGAUUGUAGCAAGGAUCAUGAGAGGUGGUGCAGCUGAUCGCAGUGGUCUUGUCCAUGUUGGAGAUGAACUAAGAGAAGUCAAUGGUAUUACUGUGCUUCACAAACGACCAGAAGAAAUAAGUCAGAUUUUGGCUCAGUCUCGAGGGUCAAUAACAUUAAAGAUAAUUCCAGCCAUCAAAGAAGAAGAUCGUCUGAAAGACAGCAAGGUGUUUAUGAGGGCACUUUUCUGCUAUAACCCCAAAGAAGACAGAGCCAUUCCUUGCCAGGAGGCUGGGCUGCCGUUCAAAAGACGACACGUGCUGGAAGUUGUAAGUCAAGAUGAUCCCACGUGGUGGCAAGCCAAGCGUGUUGGGGAUACCAACCUCAGAGCAGGCUUGAUCCCCUCAAAACAGUUUCAAGAAAGGCGACUGACUUACAGGAGAACAGCAGGCACUCUGCAGAAUGCCAGAACUCUGAAGAAACCAUUAUAUGAUCAGUCUUCUGACAAAGAGGACUGUGACUGUGAAGGAUAUUUCAAUGGACACUACAUAGCUGGUUUACGCAGGAGCUUCAGGUUAAGUCGUAAAGAGAAGGAAAACAAUGCAAAUGAAGGCAAGCAAGCAGAGCAGGCAGAUGGAGCAGAGUUCCUGACAUAUGAAGAAGUCACAAAGUAUCAGCAGCAGCCUGGUGAGCAGCAGAGGCUGGUGGUUUUGAUUGGUUGUUUGGGGGCCAAGUUAAGUGAGCUGAAGCAAAAAGUUGUGUCAGAGAACCCCCAGGAGUAUGGUGUUGCAGUUCCACAUACAACAAGGUCAAGGAAAAGUCAUGAGAGAGAGGGAGUAGAAUACAAUUUUGUUUCUAAGCAAUCCUUUGAGACAGAUGUGCAGCAAAACAAAUUUGUGGAACACGGAGAAUACAAAGAAAACUUGUACGGUACAAGUCUGGAAGCAAUCCGGUCUGUGAUGGCAAAAAAGAAGGUUUGUUUGGUGGAUGUGGUACCUGAAGCAGUAAAGCAUUUGAGGACUCCUGAGUUUAAGCCUUAUGUUAUCUUUGUGAAGCCUCUCAUUUCAGAAAAGAAAAAACAUGUAAAAUCUCACAUGUCAGAAGAAAUCUCAUCCCCCCUUGAUGAAGAACAGCAAGAAAUUAUUAAUUCAGCAGCAUUCAUUGAAGAGCACUAUGGCCAUUUAAUUGACACUGUACUGGUGAAAGAAGAUCUCCAGAGUGCUUGUAACGAGCUGAAAACUGUUUUAGAUAAACUAAACAAGGAUUCAUUUUGGGUGCCAGUCAGCUGGGUUAGGUCAUAGCUUGUUACCAUGUUUAAGGGAAAGACUGUAUAAAAAUGCUUUGUAAAUACAUGAAUUAGAAAAGGGAAGUACAUUGAAUUUGCUUCAGAACUGCUGGUGUUACCUAGAAGGCAAUAAAUAAAGACUGUAUGAGGAAAGACUAAACAAAGUCACAAGCUGA